AUGGCUGGCUUCCGUCCCGAGGAGGAGCUUCUCCCUCAUAUUGUGGACCAUUAUGCGAAAUUCAAGCCAGACCAGCUAUAUGCCGAGUAUCCCAGGUCUCCUACAAGUUAUGACGAGGGCUUCCGACCCAUUACCUACCGAGCCUUUGCAAAUGCCAUCAACGGAAAUGCCUGGUGGUUAACUAAAACGCUUGGCCGAGGCAACGGCGAGCCCUUGGCCUAUAUUGGUCCCAAUGACCUGCGAUAUCCGGCUUUGGUCCUGGGUGCUGUGAAAGCAGGGUACUGUAUGUUCCUCCCCUCUCCUCGCAACAGCAUUGCCGCCCAUAAACAUCUACUCGAAACUAUCAAUUGCACGAAAAUUCUCACUCCUACUCCACGUCCACCAUUUGUCACUGCAAUUCUGGAAGCAGUGCCAUUGUCAGCGUACGACAUUCCUAGUCUUGGCGACUUGCUUGCCACGGAGUACCCGCAUUUCGAGUAUACCAAAUCAUACCCUGAAGGCUUGGAUGACAAGCUAGCAAUUAUUCAUACUUCCGGCUCUACUGGAAUCCCCAAACCGAUUACGUGGAGGCUAUCCACGGCUUGUGUACACAUUCGAAUGUGCCAGAUUGACGCGCCCGAAGGGUUCGAAAACCAACAUAAGUGGUCAAUUGGAAAGAGGCAAUUCAUGCCUUUGCCUCCUUUCCAUGCUGCGGGUCUAGCAAGUUUGACUUUCAUCAAUAUUCCAGCAGAUGUAAUAUGUAUUAUUCCUACCGCCGCGGGACUUCCCACAGCUUCUGCCUUGGUUGAGGCAUUGAAACAGACACCGAUGGACAUGGCGGCUCUCGUACCGUCAAUUGUACAAGAACUAGCACAAGAGCCAGACCUUCUGGAUUUUUGCGCCCAGAACCUGGAAUACUGCUUUUACAUGGGCGGCGAUCUACCUCAGGCAAUUGGUGAUACAGUUGCAGCCAAGAUCAAGCUCUCCAAUCACUACGGAUCUUCCGAAGUAGGCCUCCUCACUCCAAUUUACGAUCUCAAUAAUCGAGAUCGCUUAAAGGAUUGGAGAUAUAUUCAAUUUCAUCCAGAUCUGGGUUCUGAGUUCCGCCAGGCUACUGAUACUGAGUAUGAGCUUGUUCUGGACUGGUCACCGGAAAGUGAGAAAUACCAGAUGCCAUUCAAUAUCUUUCCAGGGCUGAAGGAAUUCCACACGCAUGACCUGUUCGUCCGCCAUCCAGAUCCUAAUAAAUCUAACCUGUGGCGUUGGAGCUCUCGCUCAGAUGAUGUGAUUGUUUUUCUCAAUGGCGAAAAGACGAAUCCCGUCUCCAUGGAGCAACAUAUCACGGCUUCCAACCCCGGUGUCACCGGAGUUUUAGUCGCUGGCGCACAGCGGUUUCAGGCUUCAUUGAUUGUCGAAUACGGCAACAAGGAGCUGCUAGACCCGAGUGAAAGAGCCGCUACCAUUGAAACCCUCUGGUCGAGUAUUGAAGAGGCAAAUCAGGCAUGCCCUGCUCAUGCCAGAAUUGCUCGAACUCAUAUCCUUUUCACCACUCCUGAAAAGCCAUUCCCUCGUGCCGGAAAAGGUACCAUACAGCGAGCCGCUGCCUUGGCUCUAUAUUCUUCAGAGAUAGAAACGCUUUAUUCACACGCAGACCAGCUAGGGACACAUACUGAUGACGAGCCAGUUGGACCUGGAAGGGUUAGCGAGAUCGAGCAAAUCUCCGAAUUCAUUCUACGAACUCUGUCCUCCAUCACCAGCUGGACUCCUGAGCAGAUCAAGACUUCGGAUAAUUUCUUUCAUCUGGGACUGGACUCUUUGCAGACUAUCACAGCCACACGAUCCUUCAAGCGUGGCUUUGAUCUGCCAUCAUUCAGCCCGAAUCUCAUCUAUCUUCACCCAUCGCUUUCGAGUCUGGCACAGGCAACGAUGAAGCUCAUGCAAGAUGAUCAAAUUUCCGAGAACGUGGUCAAGGAGGCACAACUACAAGAACGAGAUCAAAUCCUCACCGAGUUCAUCGCAAAAAUUGAUGGCCCUCACAUAAAUGCAACAUGCACAAACCCUCCGACUUCACAUACCGUCUUGCUCACCGGGUCAACGGGGACACUGGGUACAUACAUCCUAGAUACACUUCUAAAAGAUGCAUCAGUCGCACAUAUUCACUGCCUCAAUCGCAAGGCAGACAGCCUAAAUGUACAGCGCCAGAAAAGCGGCGUUUAUCAUCUGGACUCCACCCUAGACUCUUCCCGAGUCACACUCUGGCAUGCAGAUCUAUCUCAAAACGAUCUCGGAUUGGAACAAGAGUCACUCAAGCUCCUUCAGGAGUCAACUACCGCCAUCAUCCACAACGCUUGGAAUGUGAACUUCAAUCUCUCACUCCCAUCAUUCAAACCCGAUCUACUGGGCGUGGUCAACCUGAUCAAUUUCACGGCAUCUGCAUCAAAGACACCUACUCUUUUCUUUCUCUCCUCUAUCAGCUCCGUCAUGGGCCAUGAGACCGAUUCACGUCUGACACCAGAGAGUAUCAUUUCCACCAACACGCCAGGUCCGAAUGGAUACGCCAACAGCAAAUACGUCGCUGAGAAACUUUUAGACCACGCAGCUCAAAUACUUGGGAUUCGGACAUCCUUGGCCCGAGUUGGCCAGGUAGCGGGUGCAGUACGCACACCUGGUCUCUGGAACAAAGCCGAGUAUUUCCCCAGUCUGGUGAAGAGCUCGUUGCACCUUGGCGCGGUACCGGCUAGUGUCGGUGCGACACUUGGUAGAAUUGACUGGGUACCUAUUGAUCUACUUGCUGAGGUUUUAACUGGUUUGGCCUUGCGCGAGUCUCAACCAGGUUGCAUUAACGUCUAUCACCCAUUGAACCUGCACCCAACGACAUGGGACAAGAUCAUUGCCGUUGUCGCCGAUGAACUUUCCCAGGUUACAGGGGAACCCUUGGAUUUGAUCGAUUUGUCGAAGUGGGUGCAGCGAGUACGGCAGGAUAUCGAGACUGCUGGUGGAACUCGGAGAGUGGUUGGCGAGUCGGACCUGCAGGUACUCUUGGAGAAAAACCCUGCCGCCAAGCUACUUGAAUUCUUCGAAGGGUUACUAUCUGUGCAGUCUGACAAUGUCUUGGACACACAAGAGACGGCUAGUGUCAGUGAAAAGUUGAGGUCGAUCGAGGGUAUCAAGGAGGAAUGGAUUCGCAAGUGGAUCAGGGAGUGGAUUUAG